UUUUUUUAGAGCUUUGUUUAUGUUUCUCUGACAUUGUCUUUAUCCCAUAUCUACUAUGGAUAUGUUUCUUUAAAGUUUAGAUUUUUUUUUUUUCUGGUUUUAAAUAGAUCUAAUGUGUAUGUAUAAAUCUCGUACGAUUUUUUUUUUUUUAAUCUCGGAUUGUUCAAAACUCCAAGUGUGUUCGUUUAAGGAAGAUAAGCGAAGCAAGCAGCUAGGUUUUUAAUUUUAUUUUUGUGGUGUAAUGUAACAGCUGUAACUCUCUGGCCCACUUUAUACUACGUCGUAUUUGCAUUUGAUUGGUGAUUUGUGUAAAAACAAUAGUAUAGUAUACGCUUCUCUGUAGCUCUGAAAGUUUUGAUUUUUCUUUUUGGGUUUUAUUUUAUGGAACUAUCUAUCUUCUUCUGACUUCUGAGAUCAUCCGACAUAUAUAUAUUUUGUUUUCUUUUAUAACCUGUAUAUUACCUUUAGAAUGUCUGUCCUUUGCUCUUCUCUCUCAAGUAGAUUUAUUACUAUUUAUUUAUUUAAUGUUUUGUUUUUUAGAUUACUGUGGCAAAGUAUUGUUUUCUUUUUGUUUUGGUUUAAGAUGCCAUGUUCAAUGUUGUAGAUUUGUUAACUUGUAUGAAUGUAUGAUGAAUGAAUGGGAAGUGGGAACACAUGCCUGAGUGAUUUUUUUUUUUUCUUUUUUUCUUUUCAAUUGAGAAAUGAGGUCCAGGUUUUUAUUGUGAAUCUAGCAUGUAAGUCAAGAUUGGGUUUCAUGGGCAACAUUGUUGUCUGGUUCUGUUCAAUUAUUUUGACGUACCUUUUAAUUUGUAGUAGUGGACUUGACUUGAAUCAAUGUGGACUUUUAGGAUGGACAGGACCCCCGGCUUUCCUGCUGCUGGAUUCAAGUGUGACAGUGUUGAUGAUAAUGUUUGCCACUCAAACGAGUAUAAUAAAAUGAGUGACAUGAAGCGUUUUCUAAUGGAACCUACACAUGACAAUACCGCGGUAGACAGUUUCUUAGGUCUCGGUAUGGAGACUAUGGGCUUAAGCUCCACCAUGGAUGAAUUCUCUCAUGGAUUUGACUUUAGCUUUCUCCCAGAUUAUGGUGGACUAUACUCUUGUACCACUCAAGAUGUGGAAGCUGGUUUAAAGUUCGAAAUUCUUGAUGGCUUUCUUGAUGAAGUUGAAGAAGUGGAAGGUAUCUACGCAUCACAUGAUCUUUCUUCUACUAGUAACCAUAUCCUUCUAGAAACUCAAGACAAGAAGAAAGUAUCUGAAUUAUUGGAUGGUGGCCCCUAUGGUCUUAUGAACUUCCCUUCAGAAUCUUAUUCUCCUGGAAUAAGUGGAAGCACCGGACUCUCAGAGUGGUCAAAAGAAACUGUUCCACAUGCUGAACACCAGAAUGUAUCCAGCGAAAAACUUAAAGAUAGUUUGGAUUCAAAUGAGUCAGAAGAUGACAAGAAACCACUAUCCACUUUUAUAGGCUCUUGGGUUAAACGAGGCAGGAAUCGGAAGAAGAAUUUGCCCAACACCGCUUAUAGAAGAUUAGAUUCUUCUGGUCAAAGAAUGUCUUAUGACUUUAGACCCCGGAAAGAUGCUAUGAAGAAAUGCAUGCAUACUUCAACGGAGAAUACAUUUCGUGAUGAUCACCUAACUUCAUCUGAAAGUGAGGAUGACAUCUCUGUAACAAAGACAUCCAGAACCAGAAGUGACAGGCGAAAGCAUCAGAGAAUGUGGACUGUUGAUGAAGUUAUGACGUUGGUUGAUGGUAUUUCUCACUUUGGUGUUGGCAAAUGGACCGAUAUAAAAAACAACUUCUUUCAUUCUGCAACCCACCGCACACCCGUCGAUAUCAGAGACAAAUGGCGUAAUCUACUGAAAGCAAGUUAUAACGACAAGCAUAAUGAUGGAGAGGCUGAAGAAAGACGAAAGUCAUUGGCUCGCCCUAUGCCGAAGGAUAUUCUACAUCGUGUAAGGGAACUUGCAUCACGCCAUCCAUAUCCGUUCUCCAAAUCAUCGUGUUUCGUUUAUGAUUCCUCAAGAAGCCAAAGCACUUCAAAGAAGAAGAAGAAGAGGAGUUGAUAUAGAGAAAGAGUCUAGAGAAGCUGUAAAGAUACUAAACUAAACUCGAUUUUUAUCUGUCUUGAAAAGUAAUAGUUCUCUUUAGGAUAUCAUCAGUAUUAUCUGCAACAUCUAAGUUCUUCCAUGUGAAGUUUCUGUUACUGCAGCAUCAAAGCUUUUGCGGACUUCCUUUA